UCAUUGAACGAACAACGGAAAAUACAGCUGAACCACACGAAAUGUUACCUACAACUAUUCUCUUGGGAGUUGUUCUAAUUUACAGAAGUGUUAUUCUCGUCACAAGUCAGGAUUGUAUCGAUCGAUCUCUUUCCGCCAGAAUGGAAGACUGCUGUCUGAUGCCUAAGCCGUUUCCACGGAACGUUCUGUUCGCUUGUAGUCGCAAAAUAAGGCAGCUUUCAUCAGCUUCUCCAGCCGUUUUGCAUUGGUGUAAAAUGGAAUGCUACUACAAGGAGUUGGGAAUUUUGGCUGACGAUAACAUACUCAACAUGGAUCGCAUAAGGCAAUUUCUGGAAAAAAUGGAUGAACGUGUGCAAACGACAUACGAAACUGCUUAUAGGACCUGCGAAGAAUCGCUUUUGAAAAAAAAGGAUAACGUCCUUAAAGCAAUGUGUGGCUCAUAUCCUGCUCUUAUGGAGGAUUGUGUGAAAAAAAUCGUAGACGAACGUUGCAAGGAUGAUAGUGUGAAGGAUUACUUCUUCGAAAGUGUACUUUGCAAUCAAGUUAGAGCGGGACAAACACUUUGCCCUACUUAAUGAUUGUGUAUUUGGAUAAUCAAUUCAGAGAGCGCUCCACAAUACAAGAAACUUUAACAAUUGUAUUCGUGUGCAUCUAAAAGGUGUCCACAUAAAAUUCCUCGACUAACUUAAAACUUCUAGUAUGUUUAAUAAAAUUCCCUACGAGGGUGUUCUUAGA